AUGGAUAUUCUAGUGGUGAAAUAUGACCCCAAAAUAUCUAUUAAGGAUCUCAAGGUGGAACGCUCUGGCAAGAACGUGGUGGUCUUGAGAAACAUCUCUCACGACUCGGCUGGCAGAUACAAGUGUGAGGUGCUGGCUGAGAGACCAAGCUUUGAGAAGGACGCGGUCAUCAAUCACAUGGAAGUUAUAGUGAUGAGUAGCAAUACUCAUCAGCUGACUGUAGCUGUAACUGUACUUACAAGAAACAUCGUAGAAUACAUUGCUAUUUGGCCAGAGGAUCAGCUGACACAGGAAGGGAGGAACUGCACCUCCUCUCUGGCUCGACCUCCCUCCCAGCUCGUCUGGUACAUCAACGGGGACAAGAUCUCCCCGCAGCACACGAGACUGGUGACGCCUGAAGCCCGACUGAGGAGCUCAGCUAUGGGGUUGGGCGUGAUUGAGGAUGGUCGUGGUGGGUUGUCGCAGACGUCGGAGCUCACACUGGUGCUCAGGCCGACACACUUCAACCCCGGGGGUCAGGCCACACUCACCUGCGCUGCCACCGUUCCUGAUGUCUAUCAUAUGACAACGGAGGUGUACCUCGCCUUGCCAGGCUUCAAGACAGCGGCUCCCUCGCAAAAACUGUAUGGUUCUGCCCGACGCCAUGGAGGGAGGGUGACUCAUCUAAUGGCUGCCACCUUCUCCCUGCUGGUGCUACUACUCUUGUAGGUGAAUCUGGAGUGAGAGUAACUCACCUCGCAAGAAAUGGUGGACUUCUUCUCUCAUCCCACUACCCCCAACUGAAGCAUGAACUGUAGCCCCAGUAAUGGCAGUUUCAACAGGAAUAGCAGCACAAGCAAGUUCACUUGCAGAAAGCACAAUAACAUAACACGAGGCGGGAAAAGUGAAGCGAGCAAUUGCAGCUCUAGCAAGAAGACUACCAGUAGCAUCAGCAAUAUACAGAGAUGGAAGAUUACGCUUCCUUGUAAUAGUUACCAUUCCACAUGCUUCACUUUGCAAUUACUGGAACUCCGUGUGUAAAUAUAUACAGACGGAACAUUUACGGGGACGUAGUGCUCACAUCACCAAUAUACAAACAAUCGUUAGUGUACCAAAAACACACACACGUGUAGCUCGUCAUUUCAUUUGUCAUAUUUUGAGUAGAGUGAACGUUUCGGCAGGAUUUGUAAUGGUAUUUACAAGUUGAUGUACAUAACACACUUUCUCCCAGUGUAUGAGAAAAUAAACAAAUAAUCCUAUAUAGUAUGUAAAUACCGUUUGGAAUAAACGCCUAUGGAGUGAAUUCAGGGUUUUAGCUUAUAAGUGAAUAUAUAUGUCGUGCCAAAUAGGUAAAACUUGAGAUUUUGGAUUAAAUAGCAACGCACUUCUUGCCGAAUAAGGCAAGCGAAAAUUUGUGUAUGCAAUAAUUUUGCGAAAAUCAAUCUGAGCCUACGAAAAAAAAUAUAUUUCACUGUGCUGGUUUAUUAUUAAAUUAUUGUAAACUUAUUUAAAAUAUAUUUAGUUGGAUUAGGCUAAAUUAAAUUGGGCUUGUUAUAAUAAGGUUAGGUAAGUUUUCUAAGGUUCUUUUGUACAAAAUUAAUAAUUUUUAUACUCACUUAAAUGAAAAACAUAUAUAUUUAAACGUAUAAGAGAAAAAUUUAGAAAUGAUUUAAUUUAAAAUGUGUUCUUGCUAAUUGACCAAUUUUACCUAUUCGGCACGACACACACACACACACACACACACACACACACAUUCAAUGCCCUUUUCAUAAACAAGCGAAAGUAUAUACAAAGAAAUAUCGCAG